CUCCCUAUCUAAUCCUCCUCCUCGAUUUCUUUCUUUUUUUCUUCUCUCUUAUUUUCACUUCUUUUCUUUCCAUGAUUCGCUGUUGUCCAGAUCUUCCUCUUCGUGGCUCUCCAGCUCCAUUACUCUCCAUUGAUCAAGAUCUGCCUCUCCGUGGCUCUCCAGCUCCAUUACUCUCCGUUGAUCAAGAUUGGAAGGCAACAGUUGUUCGUCUCAUAUUUUAUGAGAAAAAGGUAGAGAAAAUUUUUAGUGCUUCUUCUCUCCCGCAUUCUCGUUCCUCAUGGUUUUCAUCUUCAAGGUCAAAGAACUCAGUAAACGUGGCAAAAAAGGUUAUUACCUUUUUGUUUGAUUUCAUGUUUUUAUCUUCAAGGUUAAAAGAACUCAUGCAAAUAUAAUGGAUUUUAAUGUCUUAAUAUCUGUUUUCCUUGCUGAAAAGUUUUUUAUGAUUUUUUCAAAAUUUCCCCUCGACUUAUUUCCUAAUCAUUCACUUCAAGUAGCACAGCAUACUAGAUCUUAUAUUUGCAAAAUACCAAAACAAACAGGUAGCGUUUGUAUAAAUCUCCAUUUUUGAAUUUGUGAAAUAGAAGAAAAGAAAACGUGGUCUUCUUAUUUCUUGUACUUGCUGUGUGUUUUGAAGUUCAAUUGAAACUCAUGUGCUUGGAAAACUUUAGAAAUUAACAUUUUCAUUUUAUUUUAAAUAUUGUUGGGGUUGUCAAAUUGAAUUAAUUGAAGAAUCUUUAAAUAUGACACAUAUGCUCUUAUUUUCCAAAUGCUUAAAAAUUGCACUUUUUGAUUGAGUUUUUACUAAACAGGGACAAAAGUAGGAUUUCGCCUUGAAAAAAUGCAUAUGCAAUUAGAAUGUAUGAACAAAAUUAGUUUAGUGGUUCAUAUAUGCCUCAGCAAAAGUGUACUGAAAAAAGAGUUUGAUCUCAAAUGAAGGUCCGGACUUUCUCACCCACUGGUAAUUAGUUAAGCAAUGGAGGUAUGCAAGUGACCAGCAAAUUGAGUACUCAAUGAAUCGGUUAUUACUUUAUUUUUGGAGUUAAGAUUUUUGUUACAAUCUAUUUCCAUCCAAGAGGUUUGCUAAUGUGUUGCUUGCUUAACUAGACUUCAUCCUCUAUAUAACAUUUUCUUGCCUUGAAUCAUAAAAGAAAUGAUGGCCGUAUUUUGUUUGGAAAGUGCUCUGCUUUCAAUGCUCUAUGCUUUUAAUUCAUGACCCUAAGUUGCCUCUUACCACUUCUAAAAAUUUUAACAUGGAAAUAAUUACUAGGUAAUUCAGUUUUGGGUGUUUUAAAUCUGUAUUUGCUAAACAUGAUGUUCCCUGUUACAUUUUAGUAUGAUUAAGUUUGGAAAGUCUGAUUUUUAUAGCCAGUUUGUUGUACUUUGUGAAAUUGGAUCCAACUGAGAAAGAACCCUAAACAGGUUAACGGACAACAAUUAAAGUUCGAAUUGCCAAUUGAAAGAUUCAAUGAGUGAAUGUUAAACAGAUUUUCAAUCUACCUUUAAGUUUUUCUACGAGAAAGAACUUAAUGGAAGGAAAUGUUACUUUUGAAGUAGAUUUGCUAAACUCUCUUGUAAAUUACAAUAGGAUGCAUAAUCCAUGCCAAAUAUGGCAUCUAGAUGUUCCAGUAGAAGAAGACCCCUCUACUUUGAGAGAAAUUGGUAUAGACUUCUUUGCAGAAUCUUAGAAUACAAUUAUUAUUUCUUCCACUUUUGUUUUUAGGCUGAGGCAUAUAUGCCAUAUUUGCCGCAUCUUCUAUCAGUUUUGUAGCUACUGCAUUUCAAUUGUGUUGUUGCAGUUUGCAAGAAUUAUUAUGGUGCUCUUGAUUCUCAUUGGGCAAGAUCCAAGUAAUGAACUUUGCCACGAAUCCUUGGAAAUUACUUCUUAUGUAUGAUUUGUUUAUAGCCUUUCCAAUUACCAAUAACUUCAAUUCUUCGGCACUGCUUGGAUUAAUAACAAAAAUAGGUUAGCUUGAGAUAUGAAACAUUUCAGAUUUCGUCAUUGUUAGAUAAAUUUUAUAGCCAAACAUGAUUGGUCUUUUAAUUUUUUUUUUGUGGUAUUUAUGAGCAAUAAUUUGAUUUGGACAGCAAAUCAGAAAGUGUAAGCGCCCAUAUUUGAAACUAUUCAUUUUUGUUUCGUGUUAGGUAAUGGAUGAUAUUUUUGCACUAUAUUUAACCCACAAAUGCAGUCUAAUAUAGGUUGUCCUGCUAGGUUCAGCUCUUGAUUCACACAUCCAAUACGAUUUUAUCAAUAUGGACUGUGCUUAUUUAUUUAUUUUUUCCUUCUUCCUUUUGGGUUUUGGUUGCCAUAAUUAUCGACACUAUGUAUCUUUGUUGUUUUUGUUGGAAUCCUCUAUUCGUAGGCUAGAAACAUGCACAAAACUAAACUUCUUCGAAAUGCUAUAGCCUUAAGAAAUCCAGGAUUGGCAGGAGCAAAAGAACUCAGUAGAGACUCCUCUGGUUGUUGGAUGGAAGGCUAUAGUAGAAACAGUGCAAACUUGGGAAUUGCUAUCAAUAUUUUGGCUGAACUAUGGGGUUUUAGAGACGGAAUUAUGCUUGCUUUGGAGUUAAAUAUUCAAUUCCUAGAUAUUGAAGUUGACUGCCUUGACAUCAUAUCUCUAAUGAAAUCAAAUACUCUCAGUAAUCAUAAUAAUCAUUGUUUGCAAUAUAAUUGUUGAUUACAGAGUCCUAUUGCGGUUGCAAUAAGAAGUGAAUAGAUGUGUAGAUGGCUAGCUAGACUGGGAGGCAAGAUGGAAUGGCAUUUUGUAAUUUUGGAUUCCUAUCCUCAUGAACUACCUUUUGCUUUAGAUGAAGAUUUGAGGGGAAAUUUUUUUCCUCGUAAUACUUGUUUGGCUUGUACUUGGUGUUUUAUUUAAUCUAUUUGUACCCAAAAAACAGGAAAAUGUUCCGGAGCAUUUUUUUCC